AUGAAUCGAACAUCAUUUGUUCGUUUACCUGAAGAGAAUUCAGUCUCCUCUCGUAAAAACGAUCUACAACAAGAAUCUUCAUUUAUGGGAAAUAACAACGGCAGCCAAGGCUUAAUUCACGAUCCUCUGGCAAACUCCUCGAAUGCCAAUCCCUCUACUUCCUCUGGCUUUUCUUCUGUUCUCACAGCAGGUUCUCGGUUUCGCGGCCAGAAAGAGGUGGAUAUUAACAAGUGGGACGAGGAAGCCUCACAGCAUCUCCUGACUAUGAAGCGCCCUCCUGGUAAUUUUUGUGACUUUCUGCGCCCUUGGAGACGUCUUUGUCGUCUUCGCUAUCCACCACCUCCCCAGAAAAUAGCUGAAAAUGUUGAAAAUGGCUUUCGACUACCUUUCGGAGUUGUUUGGUUUGUUAGGGACUGUGCGGGCUGUGUUUGUAUGAUAUUCACAUGGUUACUAAUUCUCUAUGGCGAAUUUGUCGUCGCAUGUAUCAUUCUGCCCCAAAUACCCUCAGCUGCUAUUGGCUGGACAUUCGGAGUACUUUUUCAUAUCUUCGCAUUCUUGGCUGCCGCUGCACACCUAAAGACUGUCUUUACGGACCCUUUUCUCCUUCAGGGCGCAAUUCGGUUAGGCAAUGCAACUCGAGAGGCCGUUAUGCGGAUAUACCUCGUUUCUGGUUCAAACACUCCUCUCAUUCGCUGCCCCAAGUGUCUCUGCAUUAAACCUGAGCGAGCGCAUCACUGCAGGUAUGUCUUGAAAAUAUGACAGUUCAUUAAAAUGCAACUCAAUUUAUUUACUUCAAAUGCCAGGCUUUAUAAGAGUUAUCAUUAGGCAUUCGGUUGACUUCGGGCUUCACAGAGGGUAGGAACAUCAUAAUCACAAAAUUCGAGG